AUGGUCAAAGUUCUCGUCUCCUUCAGCGCGUUGGCCGCUUCCGCUACGGCUGGCUCCGUCACGCAGAUCCCCGAGUCUGUGACCAAGCACAUCGACUACUCCGCAAACCCUUGCGAUGACUUUUACCAAUAUGCGUGUGGCGCGUGGUACAAGGAUGCUGUGAUCCCCCCGGGCAGACCCUUCACCGAUUUGGCGUUCUCGAAGAUCGGCAUCGAAAACGAAGCCGUGUUGGAGAAUAUAUUGUCUGACAGCAAGACCAAGCUUGGAGAGUUUUACAAUUCAUGUUUGGACACAGCUACGCUGUCGUCUCUCGGCGUGACUCCGCUGCUGGGCUCGAUCAAAGCCAUUUGGUCGGCCAACACCACGUUGGACCUCCUCGUCGUUGCUGGUGAAUUGGCCAAGAACGGCAUCCCUGCCUUUGUCGACAUCAAGGCCAGUGCCGAUAAAAAAGACUCGACCAAGAACGCCCUCUUCGGUGACCAACCCCCCCUGUCGCUACCUCGCUCGUACUACACCACCCCUUCCAAGUGGGAGACAAUCGAAGCCGAAUACAAGGUGUACAUUGCGUCGGUGUUACAGUUCGCUGGUUACACUGCCAAAGAAGCGGCGGCUGCCGUGCCGGUGAUCAUUCGUUUCGAAAAAACCCAGGCGGGUGUCGCCCUCAGAAAGCUCGAAGAGAUGGAGGCCGCCGUGUCUCCGUACACUGCGUUUACGUUUUACCAACUGGACCAGAAGUAUCCGCUGCUCAUCGGCUCGUGGCUCAAGGCCAACGGCUUCAACGUCCACGACCAGUCAGGUGGAUCUAACGACUGGGUGGGGUUUACCGACUUAACCUACUUUGACAAGACGGAAGUGUUGUUAAAGAGCACGACGUUGAAAAACCUCCGCACCAUCGUGGAGUACAAGCUCAUCCACGCCUCGUCCACCCACCUGAACCCUGAGUUACGCACGGCCAACUGGAACUUGUUCGGCAAGAAGAUAGAUGGCGAAGAGGUGGAACCUACUCGUGAAAAGUUCUGCGUCGCAGAAGUGGAUACAACAGUUGGGGAGCUCUUGGGCCAGUACUUCUUAGACGCGGUGUGGUCGGCUGACACGGCCAAGACGGCCGACGAACUGGUCAAGGCUUUGAAGUCGUCCUUCUCCACUAGCAUUGCCACCGCCGACUGGUUGGACAACUCGACCCGCGCCAACGCACAAAAGAAGCUGUCCAAGUUAGUGCACUUGUUGGGUGGAGAUAAGAAUCCCCAGCUAUACCCCACGCUGACGUUGGACUCGAAGACGUAUUUGAACAAUCGCUGGAAGAUAUCUCAAGUGAACAUCGACACCAACUUGAAGCUGAAUGGCCAACCCGUGGACAAGCGCAAGUUUGGCAUGCCUCCCGACAAGGUGAACGCGCAGUACGAUUUCACCGUGAACCAAAUUGAGUUCCCGGCCGCCAUUUUGCAAAAUCCGCUCUUUGAUGGCCGGUUUGACGCCGCCCAGAACUUUGGUGCCAUCGGGAUGGUCAUCGGACACGAAAUCACCCAUGGGUUCGACAACUACGGCCGCAAGUUCGAUGGCAACGGAAACUUGCACCUGUGGUGGUCGAUCGACACCGCCACUGCGUUCAAGGAGAGGGCCCAGUGCUUCAUCGACCAGUUCGACAAGUUUAUCGUCACGAGCGAUGUGACUGGCGCUGUGUUGGGCAAGAUCAGUGGCAAGCGCUCUUUGGGUGAGAGCAUUGCGGACUCUGGGGGGCUCAAGACCAGUUUCCGCGCGUACCAUGAGUACUUGAAGAAGCUCCCGUCCCAGUACACGGACGACGCUGGCGACAAGUUGUUCUACUUGUCGUAUGCCCAAGCUUCAUGCUCCAAGAGCACUGAUGCAUACCUCAAAUUUCUAUUGGCGAGCGAGCACCCACCCAAUCGAUUCCGCAUCAAAGGGGCGUUGCAAAACAACGCUGAGUUUGCCCGUGUGUUCCAGUGCCCCACCAACUCGUCCUUCAACCCGUCCGAAAAGUGCUUGUUGUGGGAAUAG